AAACAGUAUUCGAAGGCGGCAACCAGUCUUCUGCUCUAAACUGCAGUAUAGGGUUUGGGUUUCCCUCCAUUCCAGUAUUCGAUUCCCUUUCGAGGAUCACCGGCAUCGGAAUGAAGAUUGCAGUAGAAGGUUGCAUGCACGGCGACCUCGACAACGUCUACCGAACCCUCCAACACUACGAAAAGCUUCACAACACCACCAUCGACCUCCUCCUCUGCUGCGGCGACUUUCAGGCUGUGAGGAAUGAGAAGGACUUGGAUAGCUUAAAUGUGCCUCACAAGUUCAGGAGCAUGAACACAUUCUGGAAGUAUUAUUCCGGCGAGGCAGUGGCUCCGUACCCGACCAUAUUCAUCGGUGGGAAUCACGAGGCUUCCAAUUACUUGUGGGAACUGUAUUAUGGAGGAUGGGCAGCACCUAAUAUUUACUUCUUGGGGUUUGCUGGUGUUGUCAAGUUCGGAAACCUUCGGAUUGGUGGACUCUCUGGAAUUUAUAAACAGCCCAAUUUUCUAAAAGGACACUUUGAGAGGCCUCCUUUUAAUGAUAGUACUAUCAGGUCCGUGUAUCAUGUUCGUGAGUAUGAUUUCCACAAACUCAUGCAAGUUGAGGAACCAAUUGAUAUUUUUCUUUCGCAUGAUUGGCCUGUUGGCAUCACGGAUUGUGGGGACUGGAAGAAACUUGUUCAGCAAAAACCAUAUUUUAAGCAGGAGGUUCAAGAAAGAAAGCUUGGAAGUAAACCAGCUGCUCAAUUGCUCGAAAAACUGAAACCACCUUAUUGGUUUUCAGCUCAUUUACACUGCAAAUUUGCUGCUUGUGUUCAACAUGGGGAAGAUGGUCCAGUGACGAACUUUCUUGCUCUUGAUAAGUGCCAACCAGGACGUAAAUUUCUACAGGUUAUUGAAAUUGAAUCAGAACCGGGCCCUUAUGAGAUUCAGUAUGAUGAAGAAUGGCUAGAAAUAACUCGGCGGUUUAACUCUAUUUUCCCUCUCACAACCAGAAGUGCAAAUCUUUGGAAUGUACGUCUUGACAAACAAGAAUGUCGUCAGUGGGUCAGGAGCAAGUUACAAGCAAGAGGGGCCAGACCCUUUGAAUUCACUCAGACAGUUCCACCAUACAAUCCCUCUCAAUCUGUCGCUUAUGGUUCCUUCCCUGGACACAUUCGGAAUCCUCAGACAGAAUCUCUAUUGCACUUUCUGGAACUUCCUUACCUUCUUGAUAACAUGUCACAAUCAUCCGAAGUACUCCCAAGUCCUCAUAGAGGUUCUGUUGAAGAGAACAGUGAAGACAUUCCCAUUGAUGAUGUGGAUGAGUUGGAAGAAGAUGCUGUGGAUAGCGAAAAUGAAAAUUCGUGAAAACUCCUAAGUUAUCUGCUCUUCAGGCAUCUAUCUUUUGUCAGUUUCAAAAUAUUUGGGGUAAUCAAUGCCGUUAGGCUCUCAGUCGAGGUUUUUUGACUCGAAUUUUAUGCAUAAGCUUUGAUGCUCUAUCAGGUCGGCCUGGCCUCAUCUGUCAUCCCCCACAUCCCCACUCUGCCCUCUUUUCUCGUCCUUUUCUUUCGAGUUUUUUCCAUUUUUUUUGGGCCUGUUGUAAAAUAUCUUUUAUUCAGUGUCUAAUUUUUGUAGUAGUAAGUGAAUCGUUUGCUACAUUGACCCAUGGAUCGAGAAAUGUACGACUUUUGUUUUCUAUCGGAAAGUAGAUAUAUUGACUUGUAAGACAAUA